UUAAAGAGUAUAACUAAUAAUUUUUGCAAUAAUGGGGAAAGCCUUCACAUUUUUUCUCUCAACACUCUGCUUGCUUAUGGCUAGUUCAGUCAUGACCCAAACCAACAUUACUAUAGAUCAAUUAGCUCUUCUGUAUUUAAAAUCCCAAAUCAUUUCCAACCCUUUUCACUUCUUGGAUGAAAGUUGGUCUCCCGCUACGUCCGUUUGUCAUUGGGUUGGAGUCACUUGUGGCUCUCGUCACCAACGAGUGAAUUCCUUGAAUUUUUCUAACAUGGCUCUUUCAGGAAGGAUUCCCCGUGAAUUUGGAAACCUCUCAUUUCUUGUUUCUCUCGACUUGCGAAGCAACAAUUUCCAUGGAAAUUUGCCUCAAGAAAUGGCACGCUUGCGUCGGCUUAAGUUUCUUAGGUUAAGUGUCAACAACUUCAGCGGAAAGGUUCCUUCUUGGUUUGGGUUUUUACACCAGCUUCAAUUUCUGAAUCUUGGGAAUAAUAGUUUCACUGGUUCCAUCCCUUCUUCAUUUUCUAAAAUUUCCAAACUUGAGACUUUGAAUCUGAAAUUCAAUUCCAUAGAGGGCCAAAUCCCAAAAGUGAUUGGAAGUCUUAUAAACCUUAGAGAAUUAACACAUGAGGGGUAACAAGCUCAUAGGUCCAAUUCCUCUGUCACUCUCGAAUGCCUCGAGGUUGGAGACUUUAGAUAUAUCUUAUAAUUCACUUCAAGGAAAUAUUCUAGAAGAAAUUGGCAAUCUUUACAACCUUAACCGGUUGUCAAUACAAUAUAAUCAACUUACGGGUUCUAUACCAUUCACAAUUUUCAAUAUUUCUAUGAUCGAAGUCAUUGCAUUUACUGGCAAUAACUUAUCAGGAAAUCUCCUCAACAGUUUAUGCAAUGGUCUCCCAAUACUCAAACGGCUUUUUCUAUCCACAAACAAGCUUCACGGUCAUAUGCCUACAAGCUUAUCAAAUUGUUCACAACUUCAAAUUUUGUCUUUAUCGGAAAAUGAGUUUGAUGGACCAAUACAUAGUUAAAUUGGAAGAUUGAGUAGCUUACUGGCAUUAGAUAUCGGAACUAACCAUUUCACUGGUAUAAUUCCACAAGAAAUUGGAUGUUAAUUUGGAAGAGUUAAGCUUGGAGAAAAAACAGAUUACCGGCUCUGUCACGAUCUCCUUAUUCAAUAUCUCAUCGCUGCAAAUUUUGUCAGCAUGGCAGAACAAUCUUUUAGGUACAUUGAUAUUUGAAUAGUGUCUCAUGUUAAUUUUUAUAAAUCCAUUAGAACUAUUAAAAUUCUAUAAAUUCAUGUAUGUAAUGAGUAAUAAAAUGUAACUAUUAUAAAUAAAUCUUCAAGCGUAUAACAAGAAACACCAUAUAAGGAGAGUUUUUUAAUGUUUAAAAUUAAUCUAUUUUAAGAAAUAACCAAUAUAUUUGAACUCGUGUUGGUAGUUAGCUAACUUCUAAUAAUGUAUCUGUCUAUAUAUUUGAGUCCAUAUAAAAAUACAAACCUGCACAAUCAGAAAUUGGUAGAAAAUUAAAUUAAGAACUUUAAUGGAGAAAAAUAUAUAAUAUAUAUGUACAUCCUUCUUAAGACUUUGAUCAAUAACAAUAGGAAAAAGAGAAGUAUAUAGUUAUUGCAUAAUUUUCUGAGUUCUUGUCAACACUUCUCCCAUAACCAAUUAAAAUUAAGCGUCUUCUUCAUCAAGUCAAACUAAAGCAUGAAUAACAUAGAUAAGUAUUGAGCUAAAUUGUCCUCCUCAGUUGUAUUCAUUUUUCCUUCAUGUGUUGAUAGGAGAACUACCCAAAGAGAUAAUCAAUCAUGUUUGCAAAACGUAGUUGAUUUGGCUUGUUUCAAAUGGUCAAGUCCUUGGGCCCCACAUAAGCUGUAAAAUAAAUUAAGUUAGGGGAACAAUAUUAUUGAGAUGAUAGAAUAAAUGAAAGUUUAUCCAAAAAAGAGAAGAUAUUCUUAAAAAUUGCCACUAUAUAGUCUCCAACCCCCAGGUUAUUAGCCAUACCAUUUCCCUACUGAUUUACGCAAUCAUGGAGAAAGCAUUCACCUCUUUUUUCUUGUUGCUUCACUAUGUCAUGGAUAGUUCAGCUAAGACCCAAACCAACACUACCACUGAUCAAUUAGCUCUUCUUUCUUUAAAAUCUCAAAUCAUUUCUGACUCCUUUCACUUCUUGGGUAAAAGUUGGUCUCCCGCUACAUCCGUUUGCCAUUGGGUUGGAGUCGCUUGUGGCUCUCGUCACCAGAGAGUGAAGUCUUUGAAUCUUUCCAACAUGGCUCAUACCGGCAUAAUUCCACGUGAAUUUGGAAACCUCACAUUUCUUGUUUCUCUUGACUUGGAAAGCAACAAUUUCCAUGGAAAUUUGCCUCAAGAAAUGGCAAGCUUGCGCCGACUUAAGUUUCUUAGGUUAAGUUUCAACAGCUUCAGCGGGGAGGUUCCUUCUUGAUUUGAAUUUUUACACCAACUUCAAUUUCUAAGUCUUGUGAAUAAUAGUUUCAUCGGCUCCCUUCCCUCUUCAUUUUUUAACAUUUCAAAGCUUGAAAUGUAGAAUUUGGCAUUCAAUUCCUUAGAAGGUCAUAUCCCAAAAGUGAUUGGAAGUCUUAUAAACCUUAGAAAAUUAAACUUGAGGGGUAACAAGCUCAUCGGUUCUAUUCCUCUGUCAUUCUCGAAUGCUUCAAGGUUGGAGUCUUUAGAUAUAUCUUAUAAAUCUCUUCAAGGAAACAUCCCUGAAGGGAUCGACAAUCUUCACAACAUGAACUGGUUGUCAAUACAAUAUAAUCAACUGAUAGGUUCUAUACCAUUCACAAUUUUCAAUAUUUCUAUGAUCGAAGUCAUUUCAUUUACUGGCAAUAGCUUAUCAGGAAAUCUCCCCAAAGGUUUAUGCAAUGGUCUCCCAAUACUCAAAGGGAUUUAUUUAUCGAGAAACAAGCUUCAUGGAUGAAUUUCUAAAUGCUUAUCCAAUUGUUCACAACUUCAAGUAUUGUCUUUAUGGGAAAAUGAUUUAUCAGGUGAAAUACCCAAAGAGAUCAGCAAUCUCAUUGAGUUGGAGGUACUUAAUCUUGCAUUUAAUAGUUUUAGUGGUUCACUUGAUAUGGAGAUCUUCAACAUAUCAGGGCUGAGAAUAAUCGAUCUUUCACUCAACAAUCUAUCCGGAAGCCUCCCACCAAACAUGGGUUCUGUCUUACCCAACAUUGAAGAGCUUUAUCUAUACAGCUUAACCAAUCUUGUUGGAACUAUUCCUGAUUCUAUCUCCAAUUAUUCAAAACUUACUAAUCUAGAGCUUUUUGACAACAAACUCACAGGCCCGAUUCCCAAUUCUCUUGGAUAUUUGACUCAUUUACAAUUCCUAAACUUGGGGGAAAACAAUUUAACCAGCGACUCAUCAUUAAGCUUCCUGACUUCCUUAACCUAUUGCAGAAAUUUAACAGUUCUUGAUAUAUCCUUCAACCCUCUAAAUGGAAUGCUCCCAGCCUCCAUAGGGAACCUUUCCACCUCUCUUAGAAAUUUUUAAGCCUACGUUUGCAAAAUCAAAGGGCAAAUUCAAGAUGAAGUUGGGAACUUAAGCAGCUUAUUAUUCCUUGAUCUUUCUGGAAAUAACUUGGUCGGAUCGAUUCCAACAUCAAUUGGCAACUUGAGAGACCUUCAGCGGUUCAACUUGAGUAGCAACAAAUUUACAGGAUUUAUUGAAAAUCAUAUAUGUAAAUUGCAACAUUUGGGUGACAUUUACUUGGGUCAAAAUCAACUUUCAAGAUCUCUUUCUAAUUGUUUAGGGAAUAUUACUUCCCUUAGGGAGAUACAUUUGGGUUCCAACAAAUUGAGUUCCAAUCUACCACCAACCUUAGGGAACCUUCAAUAUCUAGUGGUUCUUGACUUAUCGUCAAACAACAUGGUAGGUUCUUUACCUCAAGAAAUUGGAAAUCUAAAGGCUGUAACAAAGAUGGAUCUGUCGAUGAAUCAAUUUUCAAAUGAAAUUCCUAGAGAAAUUGGAGGCUUGCAAACUUUGGCAUACCUUUCUUUGAGACACAACAAGUUACAAGGAGCUAUACCUGACUCAAUGAGCAACAUGGUAAGUCUGGAAUUCGUAGACCUUUCUCACAAUAAUAUAUCUGGAAUCAUUCCCAUGUCUUUGGAGAAACUUCAAUACCUCAAGUAUUUCAAUGUUUCAGACAACCAAUUGUACUGUGAAAUACCCUCGGGGGGUCCUUUCAAUAACCUCUCGAGACAGUUUUUCAUCUACAAUAAAGAAUUGUGUGGUUCUUCAAGAUUUAGUGUCCCGCCAUGCCCCACUUCAUCAAAGCACAGAUCAAAUAGGAAAAAAUUGUUAGUACUUUUUCUGUUGCUCGCAAUUGCAGUUGUAUUUGUUCCUUUGACCUUUGUGCUCCUAUGGAUAAGGUAUAAUAGAGGUAAAAGUGCUCCUCAGCAAGCUGAUUCAUUUUCUACCGUAGCAAGAGAAAGGAUUUCAUACUAUGAACUUCUCCGAGCAACUAAUGCACUUAGUGAGAGUAAUCUGAUUUGUUCCGGAAGUUUUGGCUCAGUUUACAAAGGCGUUCUCAGAAGUGGAACUGUCAUUGCAGUUAAAGUGUUCAACCUGCAACUGGAUGCGGUAUUCAAGAGUUUCGAUACGGAAUGUGAAGUUUUGCGCAGCCUUCGCCAUAGGAAUCUUGUAAAAAUCAUUACUAGUUGUUCCAAUCUUGAUUUCAAGGUUUUAGUUCUUGAUUAUAUGCCAAAUGGGAGUCUUGAGAAGUAUUUGUAUUCGCACAACUACUUCCUCGACAUCAAGCAAAGAGUAAGCAUAAUGAUAGAUGUGGCAUGUGGUUUGGAAUAUCUUCACCAUGGGUGCUCGUUGCCUGUGAUUCACUGUGACGUGAAGCCUAGUAACGUCUUGCUGGAUGAAGAUAUGGUUGCCCACCUCAGCGACUUUGGAAUUUCAAAGCUGCUUGGUGAAGAUUAGGGUGAUUUAUACACUAAAACCUUAGCAACAUUAGGUUAUAUUGCGCCAGAGUAUGGACUGGAUGGAAUAGUGUCAACAAAAUGCGAUGUCUAUAGCUACGGGAUCUUGUUGCUGGAAAUGUUUACUAGGAGAAAGCCUAAUGAGUUUGAGGGAGAUCUUAGCUUGAAGAAAUGGGUGAGUUAUUCACUUCCAGAGGCAGUAAUGGACGUCGUAGAUGCCAACUUGCUAACAACAACUGGCAAUUGCUUACAGAAAGAGCUAUAUGUUGUGGCAUCUAUCAUGAUAGCGGCAUUAGAUUGUUGUGCUGAAUUUCCGGCAAGAAGGAAUAACAUGAAAGAUGUUGUAGCGAUGCUGCAGAAGAUCAAGAUUCAACUUCUUGCAUCCUAAGCAUGUUCUUGGAAUCUCUCGUCGCUUCAAGUCACUUGUUUGUUGCAAAUGUUUGCUAAAUUAGUGGAAUAAUGUAAAUAUUUCUUUCUUUGCUU